CGGGGCGCGGCGCGGCCAUUGGCCCGGGUAGGUGGGGCCAGCGCCGGGCGGCCGGGCGGGGGCGCGGACGCGGAUGAAUGGAGCGGGAGGCGGCUGCGAGCGGCCGCCAGAGCGCGGAGCGCGGCGCGGCGGCCGGACCUCGGGACGGACGAACCGGCCCCCGGAAUACCGUUCGGCGGCUUCCGUGGCCGCCCCCGGGACCCCCCCCUGGCGGAGAUGCCUCAGCACUCGACGGGGGACAAGCCCCCGACGUCGGUGCCACAGCUGGUCCUCCCGAGCCCGCCCUCGGCCGCGGACGGCGGGAGUGGCCACAGCACCCCCAGCAGGCGGGCGUCCCUCGGCUCGCCCCCCAGCCACGACGCCCUGGGCUCCUGCAGCCAGCCGCUGUGCCAGCCGCCGGCCGGGAAGCGUGACCCCCUGGCGGCCCCCGAGACGCGCCGCGUGGCUGCGGGGCCGCAGAGCACAGUGUGUGGCUGGCGGGCCUUCGCGCCCGAGUGCCUGCGGGCCUUCAACACGCCCAGGGCCUUCCUGCUCUUCCUGUGUGCGGCCGCCUUCCUGCAGGGCAUGACCGUGAACGGCUUCAUCAACACGGUCAUCACCUCCAUCGAGCGCCGCUACGACCUGCGCAGCUACCAGAGCGGCCUCAUCGCCAGCUCCUACGACGUGGCCGCCUGCCUGUGCCUCACCUUCGUCAGCUACUUUGGGGGCACCGGCCACAAGCCGCGCUGGCUGGGCCGGGGCGUGCUGGUCAUGGGCGCCGGCUCGCUGGUGUUCGCGCUGCCCCACUUCGCCGCGGGCGCCUACGAGGCGGAGGGCGCCGAGGGCCUGGGCGCGUGCCGGGCCAACCGCAGCCUGGCCUGCGGGGACCGCGCCUCCGGCCUGUCCGCCUACCGCCUGGUCUUCAUGCUGGGCCAGUUCCUGCACGGUGCGGGCGCCACGCCGCUCUACACGCUGGGCGUCACCUACCUGGACGAGAACGUCAAGUCCAGCCACUCGCCCGUCUACAUCGCCAUCUUCUACACGGCGGCCAUCCUCGGCCCCGCCGCUGGCUACCUGAUCGGAGGCACCCUGCUCAACAUUUACACAGAAGUAGGCCGACAGACGGAGCUGACCACCGAGAGCCCCCUGUGGGUCGGCGCCUGGUGGGUGGGCUUCCUGGGCGCGGGAGCCGCCGCCUUCCUCAUCGCCAUCCCCAUCCUCGGCUACCCCCGGCAGCUGCCAGGCUCCCGACACUACGUGGUCAUGAGAGCGUCGGAGACAUGCCGGCUGAAGGACAGAGGCCACAAGGCAGCCAGCAACCCCGACUUUGGGAAAACCAUCAGAGACCUGCCUCUCUCCAUCUGGCUCCUGCUGAAAAACCCCACGUUCAUCUUGCUGUGCCUGGCGGGAGCCACCGAGGCCACACUCAUCGCAGGCAUGUCCACGUUUGGCCCCAAGUUCCUGGAGUCCCAGUUCAGCCUGAGCGCCUCGGAAGCUGCCACCUUGUUCGGGUACCUGGUGGUGCCGGCCGGGGGUGGCGGCACCUUCCUGGGUGGCUUCUUCGUGAACAAGUUCAAGCUCCGUGGUGCAGGCAUCAUCAAGCUGUGCCUUUUCUGUGCCCUGACCAGCCUGCUGGCCAUCUUCGUGUUCUUCAUGCACUGUCCCAACGUGCCCGUGGCGGGUGUGACCGCCAGCUACCACGGCGGCCUCCUGCCCCAGGGCCGCCUGGAGCUGACCGCCACCUGCAACGCGGCCUGCGGCUGCCGGCCCGAGCUCUACAGCCCCGUGUGCGGCUCCGACGGCCUCACCUACUUCUCGCCCUGCUACGCGGGCUGCCCGGAGGCGGCCGAACCCGGCCCCGGCGGCCAGAAGGUGUACCGAGACUGUAGCUGUGUCCCUCAGAAUUUUUCCUCUGGUUUUGGCCAUGCCACUGCAGGGAAAUGCACCUCAACUUGUCAAAGAAAGCCCCUCCUUCUGGUUUUCAUAUUCGUUGUAAUCAUAUUUACAUUCCUCAGCAGCAUUCCUGCGCUCACGGCAACGUUACGGUGUGUCUGUGACCGGCAGAGAUCGUUUGCGCUGGGAAUCCAGUGGAUUGUGGUUAGAACUCUAGGGGGCAUCCCAGGGCCCAUCGCCUUCGGCUGGGUGAUCGACAAGGCGUGCCUGCUCUGGCAGGACCAGUGUGGCCAGCAGGGCUCCUGCUUCGUGUACCAGAACUCGGCCAUGAGCCGCUACAUGCUCAUCGCAGGGCUGGUGUACAAGGUGCUGGGCUUGUUGUUCUUUGCCGCCGCCUGCCUCCUGUACAAGCAUCCGUUGGAGGCUCCCAAUGGCCUAGAAGCUUCUCUGCCCAGCCAGUCCUCGGCCUCCGACACCCCCAUGGACCUCCAGGACGCCCCCUCGGCCCUCCAGCUCCAGAGUGACGUCUGACCGCCCACCCGUCCGCCCAGGGACACGAG